AUGCCCGGAAUACUCUCAGAAUUGCGCGUACUGGAACUGACCCACCGGCCCUCGGGUGCCUAUUGCGCCAAGCUGCUGGCUGACCAGGGCGCGGACACCAUCAAGGUUGAGCCGCCCGGCUGGGGCGACCAGGCCCGCCACGAGCCGCCCUUUAUUGACGAGGUGCCCCAUCCCGACCGGGGCACCUCCUACCUUGCCUUCAAUACCAACAAGCGGGGCAUCACACUGGACGUGGAGCAGGCAGAAGGUCGGGAGCUCUUCGAGCGAUUGGCCACCACUGCGGAUAUUAUUCUUGAGAGCUGUCCACCGGGGAGGCUGGCGGAAUUGGGACUGGGCUAUGAACAGCUGUCCCAAUCCAACCCCGGCCUGAUCCUGGUUUCCAUCACCUAUUUUGGUCAGGACGGGCCCUAUGCCAGCUACCAGGGCGAUGAUCUGGUGGCUCAGGCCAUGGGGGGCUACCUUUACGCGGUAACAGGCUCGGCCAGCCAACCGCCCAUGGGCACGGCCCUGCAGCAGAUGGAGAUUACCGCUGCCCGCAACGGGGCGGUGGCGAUAAUGGCGGCGCUGUUGCGGCGGGAGCAGUCAGGAAAAGGCACCCACAUCGAUGUCUCGACCAUGGAGGCCGCCGUCAGCACCCCCUCCGGGCUGAUUCACCCCUACACCUACACUGGACGCAACCCCCACCGGGGCGGCAGUGACGGCAACGUAAUGGACGGGAUGCACCUGCCCACCCUGGAUGGGGAAGUCACACUCACCACGGCUGGCACCGGCGGCCGUCCCAUGCAGGCGUGGGCCGAGUUUCUGGAGGAACCGGGGCUGCUGGACUCCAAAUGGACCAACCUGGACUUGAUGCAAGAGACCAUGGCCCGGGGCCUGGUGAUAGGGCUGGUUCAGACGCCGCAGCAGGUAAUGGAAUCGCCGCACCUGGAAGAGAGAGGGUUCUUCGUCGAGAUGGACCAUGCCAGGGCCGGCCUAUUGAAAUACCCGGGUUCGGGAUUCUUUAUCGACGGAGAAAACGCCAUGGCAUCGGCCCGACCGGCGCCCCGCCUGGGCGAACACAACGUCGAAAUUCUGUGUGGUGAGCUGGGCCUCACCGUCCGGGACCUGGGACUGCUGCGGGCGGCGAGGGUUAUCUAA